GUUUUCAACCAAUGAAAUUCGCUCUGACUGGUUUGUGAUUUCUGCAGAAACAGACUUAUUAUCAACAGGCACGUAUUGUUGACAUCCCACAAAUGUAAAAGAUCGAUACACAACCAGCAUCGGCAUCCGUUUAGAUCUCCUUAGGAACACCUUAUCCCAGAGAGAGUAGCUAACCGUCCUCAGGGAUACCUUACCCCAGGGACGACGAUUCACAGUGUCGCAAUAAUUGAGUGAAGCAAGCGAUUGCCCCCUAUAAAGGCCGGACCGACGCAAAGACCAUGUGGCGUGUCUACUUAGUAGCCAUCUGGUGGGACAUUUGUAGAGAACCGUCUUUGAUAGAAGCUUUAUCCAUGGUGUGUGUUUCCCUAUCCCCUGACGAACAGUUACUAUAGGUAGAAGCCCUCUAUGUGACAAUAUCUAGAUCCAGAUCUACGAAGAUUAGUACUUAUGCAAUUUAACUUUGAAGCCAUAGAGCAAAUUUCACGGAUCCGCUCUAUUUCUAUUGCUCCACUUUAUUGUUUUAAUCAUAAUAUGUAUUCCAAUUUAAUAACAUAGUGAAGGCACCGCGUUAAAUUAUUUAUUUGGUAUCCAAGCUUAUAUCUAUUAUUAGCUACAAAAUCCCCAUUUAAAUUAUUUAAAUAUUGUAAAAGCAGUUACCUAUAUGAAGUCUAAAACCAUUGCAAUGAAUACAAAAUCCAAACACUAACUAUUUCUGUAAAUAAUAAAUGAAUUUAAGUAAACUCAAGAUAUGAAGUACCUACAAUUAUGAUAGGAAAAUCACUGGCAUCGUCCAUUCUUUAGUUAUAUCCAUAAUAACCUAAGUAUAAUGCGUGUAAACGUUGUGUUGUUUUAGUACUCGAUGCCGUCAGACAUAUCAUUCGGAUUUAUAAAAAUAAUUGAAUCUUAAGUGUCCUUAUUAUCUUAUAUCUCAAACAAAAUUUAAUAGUAGGGUUAGUUAAGUCGGUUCCAGUGUAGUAUUGUCGAACUUGCUUUUUUUUAACGGCCUCUUGUUCCAAUUUGGGAGGCUAUUAUUCGCCAAAAAAUGUCCAAAGAUCAGUUUUUGUCUUGCGGUGUUUGUAGACAAAUUUGUAGUAGUGGGUGUCAAAGUUGCAAUUCUCUGGUGGAUAAACAAUGUAUCAAAAGUCAAAAUCAGAAAAUUCCUUUCUCGAAAAUAAAGAAAAAGAAAAAAAUCUUGAGCACUCUGGAUUGUUUGAUUUCCGUAUUUAUUGUUACUCCACUUGUUGUUGCUUGUUGGAGAGGAACAUCGCAACUUAUGGACGUUUAUGGAGAAUAUUUUCCACCAUUGGAGAGUUUUAUAAUUGGUACUUUGACCUAUAUUGUCAUCGGAAUAUCUCAAGAAAGUUUUCAUGGCCUGAUCAACAGAAAACACAAAAGUUGGACUGGCACUAUUUGUGCCUUUUUUUGUAUGAAAAUGUAUACUAUUGUGCUUAAUGCAGUGACCAAUAUGCAUUGGAGAGGUGGUUGGACAAUAGUCGAAGAGUACUUCGGAAUUCAUGAGUCGGAAACACAAGGAUACGUGGUGAACAAUGGAAGAGGAGCUUUUUGCUUCUUCACUAUUUGCUUCCUUCUCAUGUUUUCCAUGAGAUGUUUGCGAAAUCUGAACUCUCCACCAUUUGAAAUUUGUCUUGAUUAUGGUGACGACAUGUUUUUGUUUCCGAAUAUGUUUAAAGUUAAAGUAUCAGAGAAAAUAUCCUUAUACAUAUUCGACGUGGUUUUCUCAAUAGCAGUAGUUGGCAAUCUUGGAAUGACAGUUUGGCAAGGAAUAUGGCUCCUAAUAGACUUAUAUUUUUUCCCAAGCAAUGAAGUGUUUUCAGCAUGGGGAGGAUUGUUUCUAGGAUACGUGAUAAUCGCGAUAGUCUUUCUUCUACAACCCUUUAUGAAAAAAUGUUGCGACAACCUAAAUGGAAUACCAAGACUUUUGGUAGCCGAUUCGUACAUGAUGUUUUCAGUAUUGGGAGUCAUAUUGGUGUGGAGAGGCAUUUGGAAUCUCCUUAAUAUUUAUUUUAUAACAGAAAAUGAAGAAUUGAGUUAUUGGAUCAGCCUCUGGGUGCCUAUGCUGAUUCUAAUUAUAAUGGGCUGUUCCAACUCUGUAUUAGUUAGAGGCGUUUGUUUGGACUGCGAAGAGCCCGACGGAUCAUGCGUACUCUUCCCGUGUAAUUAUUUGAAAACAAUCUUCGACCAAGAAAAAUCUGAUACUUGGCAUUCAUUAUGGACCGGAGUAGCCACAAACAAGCUAGAGAUAUCGGACAUCAACAAAUCUGCUAAUACUAAAUCCCUAAGCUAUCAUUCAGUACAAAUUAUUGAGAAUAGUGACGACUUGAAGAAUAAUAAUGUUGAGAGAAUCGGAAUUUCUUGACAUUAUGCAAGGAAAUGUGACAAAACAUUUCCUACACAUAUCGAGAUUCUUUUUAUAAAAGUAUGUUCAAAAAUUGGUAUCGAUGCCAAAAUUUCAUUCGAAAUUUGCAUUUUAUGAGUGAUAUUUGAUAUGUCACAUAGGUAUUAUUAAAAUUAUAUUUUUACAAAUAAGUAUUUUUAAAUUUUUAGGGUGUUGCGCGCAGAUGUGAUAUUUUUAUAUUAAAAUAAAUUUUCCGACAUCAUAAAAUUGAAACUUUGUGGUUGUUUUUGAGAUGUAUACAUUUAAAAUCAAAAAUCUUUUUAAUUUAAACACAUAUACUCCGGUCAAUUUAAACAUGCAAGGGUACAAAAAUUCCCAUAGAGCUGAAAACUGGUAUGCAUGUUCGGAACACAGUAUGACGAAAAAUUUAGAAUGAAACACGGCCGAUAACUGCAAAUAAUAGCCUUGGCAUAACAAACAAAAAACAAAAUAAUCCAAAUUUGUUGCAGCCGUAUUUAGCACUACAUCCCCUUUUACAAUUGCAAAAAAUUGUGUCGAGCAGUUUUUCCAGCGCAGAUGAGAAUAAAGUUUGGACUGGUUCCAAUGUAUUGUCGUCUGUCGAUCAAAGUCUUUUGGAUCUAGUUGAUAACCAAGCAACACUUGAACUUGAUAGUAUACCCACAUACUGCACAUGUAUUGUCACAUCGCAGAUUUCUGAUUUUUCAGAUAUUCCAAAAAUUCAUCAGCUCUUUCAAUAGGUACUUGCAUUGAUUAUUGUCUUCGUGCCACGAUCAACAGUAACAGUUUCACCCUCUUCCUUUUGACCUGAUAUGCUUUUUAUUUGAUUAGUUUUUUAGAAGUUGGAUUCAGAUCAAUAAAACAGCGUUGGAGAUGAAAAAUAUAUAUUUGUCGACGUUUCGACCUAAACUAUAGGUCAUCCUCAGAACACAAAAAAUUAUUUCUAUUUAUUUAUACAGGUUUCAUCAUUGCCAAUACUAUUUUUCAUUAUCCAAUUGUUUUAAAUUAAACAGGAUCACAAUGGACCGUGGAAUAGGCCUUGACCUUGAAUGGAAAAAAUUUCAGGUACAGGAUCGAUGGGAACUUUUUAACAUUCGUUUAUAAUGGUGUGCCGAACAUUCAUACCAAUUUUCAGCUCUAUGGGAAUUUUUGUAACUUCACUAAUAUUUUUAGUAGUAUUUUGACCGGAUUAAUAGGCUGAUUAUGACAGCUUAAACAUGGGAUGUCAUGGUUUCACAGAUCAUUCUUUGGGUGGCACCCAAAAUGUUUAGUCAACAAUUCUCCUGGAUGUUUUCCAUUUUCCUAUGCUUUUUUGACUCGAAACAGAUUAUUUGCGGUGGUAUUUCUGCAAAAAAAAAAUAUUAUGGAAUCACAGUUCAUGCUUCGGAAACAAAAAUUAACUUUUCUUUUAGUCAGAAUUUCAAAAUAAAAGUGUUAUCAAACUGUAAGCAAUUUUUUAUUAAUUUUGAAUAGUCGCUUUCUUCAACUUCUAUCAGUUCUAUCCACAAUCUACAAAAAAAAAAUAGUUGUCUUCUCAAAAGCAUUGAUUUUGUUAUGUGUAGGUACUAGGGCUGCGCUAGACCAAGACACUAGUUGGAAGAGUACUUUACUGAGACCGAUAGGUGCCGAGACUCCAGGGCUGGGACUCUGUAACGGAUAAAGAUCGUUAUCCCUAUCGCUAUGGCACGUGUUAUGUUCGUCUAUCUUUUCUAAAUCAAUAGAGAGGGGAUGUCAAUUUAGAUAGAGAAAAUAUCUCUAUUCGUUACAGAGUUCCAGCCCAGGAUCCUUAUUCUCGAAACAGAGAAGCAGCGUUCUCAGGAGAACGAAGGUUCUGUCUUCGUCGCUCAUAUUCAUAUUUCCACAACGCUGACAAAGACAGAACAUUCGUUCUCAUGAGAACGCUGUUCCCCGGCUUCGAGAAUAAGGACCCAGGAGAGUGUUUCUGUCUCAAACCCCAGAAAAUAGUAAUAAUCGAGUCCAUUUCACUAAUUUAUUAUUAAAAGACUACUAACAAGAAGUCGAUGCUUAUAUUAUAUUUUCGAUAAAUUACUCAUGUAGGUAGGUAUUUUUAAAUAUGACAGUUAUAGGUAAGAAUUAAAGGGCGAAGGUGGUGAAGAAAAUACUCUUGAUGAAAAAUGAUUUAUAGGGAAAGUAGACGUCAGUAAAAUAGAAUUUUCCGUUAUAAGGUAUUGUUCACAUCCAGAGUAUAAUUUUUUUUUAAAGUAAACGUAGAAUGGUUACAAAAUUACUGAUGAAUGGGGUUGUUAAGAAACAUGACGUCAUUGAAAUAGAGAAAAUGCCUAUGUUAUCUAUUUCAGUUGAAAAAUUUUCGAGACCGCUGAGACCGAGACUAUACGUGUGUCUAUAAGAUUUGCUUCUCUAUAAAGGGAUUUCGGCUCCUCUUUUACCUACAGCAGGUUGAAUGGGAGAAAUUUCCUGACGACCACAAUUCGACUAAAAUGGGGAAUGAAAUUUCGGUCGACUCGACGUCGGAAUCCGACUUUGACUCCUUUAGCGGACCUAAACACUACGUAAUUUGACGUUGGGAAUGCUAUACCAUUUCCGACUUCGAAAGUCGGGAAGAUCUAAUUAUUUAUACCUAAACUAUACUAAACUGCUGGACAAUUGCUUCCGAGCAAAAGGAAAAUUUUGCCUAAAUUGCAAGCUCGAUAUUUUUGGAACCAAAAUAUCGACCUCUGGUUUCCAUAUACCAAUUUUUUCACAAAAAGUCAAUCUCUCAGCCCGUGAAAACCGGAGGUCGAUAUUUGGUCUGGUUCCAAAAAUAUUGAGCCUGAAAUUUCCUUGCUCGAAGGCAAUUGUCUAGCAGUUUAUUUAAAAAUUGGUCUAAAGAUUUUACCGUAUUUUCUACCAAAGGUAUAUUAUUUUGGAAACAUAACAACAAACACAAGAUAAAUUCAACUAUUUUAUUUCUUUGCAAUAUAAUAUCUAGGUUCUUGCAUUUUUUUAGUGCAUUUCAGAAAUUCGUCUGGUCAAAAUUCAUAAACGCAGGUGACUUUAUUGAUAAAAAUAACUAAAGUAGGACUAAAAACACAACCACCUCCCCAAAAAUCAGUAAAAUUUAAAAACAUAUCAACGGACA